CAUCUUGCUGGUUUGCGGCCGAUCUUAGAAGUGGCGGCAGCGGUGGUGAGGGCGUGGGGAAGGGUGGGGUGAGGGGGCGAGGCCGCGGCGGGAGCGGUGAAACUCUCCUCCCCCUCAGCCUCACCGCGUGGGACGGCGUGAGCACGGUAUCGGAGGGAUGUCCGCUUUCUCUGAGGCGGCGCUGGAGAAGAAGCUGUCGGAGUUGAGCAACUCGCAGCAGAGCGUGCAGACCCUGUCCCUGUGGCUAAUCCACCACCGCAAGCACUCGCGGCCCAUCGUCACAGUGUGGGAGCGGGAGCUGCGGAAAGCCAAACCAAACAGGAAGCUUACUUUUCUCUACCUAGCUAAUGAUGUCAUUCAGAACAGCAAAAGGAAGGGGCCAGAGUUUACAAAAGAUUUUGCACCAGUUAUAGUGGAGGCUUUUAAGCAUGUUUCAAGUGAAACUGAUGAAAGUUGUAAGAAGCACCUUGGAAGAGUGUUAUCUAUUUGGGAAGAAAGGUCUGUUUAUGAAAAUGAUGUAUUAGAACAACUUAAGCAAGCUCUGUAUGGCGAUAAGAAGCCUAGGAAGCGAACAUAUGAACAGAUAAAGGUGGAUGAGAAUGAAAACUGUUCCUCUCUAGGAUCUCCAAGUGAACCACCACAGACUCUAGAUCUCGUUAGAGCAUUACAAGAUCUAGAAAAUGCAGCUUCUGGUGAUGCAGCAGUUCAUCAAAGGAUAGCUUCUUUGCCUGUUGAAGUUCAAGAAGUAUCCCUACUAGAUAAAAUAACAGAUAAAGAAUCUGGAGAAAGACUUUCUAAAAUGGUAGAGGACGCUUGUAUGUUGCUGGCAGAUUACAAUGGAAGAUUGGCAGCUGAAAUAGAUGAUAGGAAGCAACUCACUCGAAUGUUAGCAGAUUUUCUUCGUUGUCAAAAGGAAGCCCUUGCAGAGAAAGAGCAUAAAUUGGAAGUAUUGGACAUGGGCGUAUCUUCUAACGAUGUCAUCAUCAUUAGCAUAUUCUUCCUGCUAAAAAUAAAUAUCAAAAUCCAAAGCCUGAAUUGUCUCAUGUUUUUGAAAAUUGAAGACUGAAGCUUUGUUAUUCUACUGCAUACUGCUUUCUCACUUAAACUGGUUAUAUAUCACUCGUUACAAAAAUAGCAUUUAUGUUUGAAACGUGUAGAAAAAAGACCAGAUACCACCCCACUUUAACUCCCUCUUUUCCCAGUGCCUUCCAGCCAGAGUUCAUGAUUGAUAAUUAUAGGUGGUGAGGCUGAUGAUAAUAAUGGCAGUAAAAUUUACCAUGUGUCAGGUACCAGCUGGAUUUCAUGAUUGAUAAUUAUAGGUGGUGAGGCUGAUGAUAAUAAUGGCAGUAAAAUUUACCAUGUGUCAGGUACUUUUCUAAGCACUUCACAUAUAUCAACUUAUUUAAUUCUAUGUAGCAGGAAAUGUUAUUAUCCAGAUUUUACAGAUAAAGGAAACUGAGGUACUGGGAGAUUAAAUAACUUGCUAAAGGUCACAAAGAGGUAGUGAGUUGUUUAGAACCUAGGGAGUCUGCCUGCAAAAUGACAAUUUUGCUUUCAGCUUUUGCUUAAAUGUACGAUUACAGCAACAGCUAAAGCCCUCUCUCCAACUCUGUUUCCUCCCUCCUCGGAGGUAAUCACUUUCUUAAAAUAAAGUGUUCUAGGAACUUUUUUGUUGUUUUUUAGCAUGACUGGAUUUUCAUAUUAUAAAUAAACCACCUAAAUUAUGUCAAACGUUUCUUACAAGUAAAAAAUAUUUAGAUUUCUAAUAAACUAGGAAGUUAUUCCAUAUAACUCUUUGUAAAUUAUCAUUUAUAACUAUGUGAUUCUUGUGUCAGAAGAUGUGAAAAUGAUUUGAGUUAUUUAGAUACUUUUUUGUACCAAGUAGGUGGUAUCCCUUUGAAGUUGAGGCUGAGAGGUCAGGAUUUAUACUUACCAUAUCAGCUGUGAUAGCAUCACAUAGUUUUCACUUAUCAGGCAUCUUUGAACAUCAACUGUGAUUGACUAGGUAUUGACAUGUCAUUAAUUGCUCUUUAAAAAAAAAGACAUAAAUUUAAAGUAUCAGCUCAGGAAUUGGCUAUUUCAUAUUUCUUAAGGAAGCCACUGUUAAAGCAUUUGUAAUGAAUGAAAACAUGAAGUGUUUUCAAAAUUUUUGAAAAUUAUGAAUCAUUUUUUAAACUUGUAACUACCUUCAGCUGGUUAUUAAAGCAGUUAACUUAGAAUAGACUAAUAAACCUAAUUAAUAAACCUAAUUUAUGUUUAAAAAUCUAUUUCAUAGAUUGCUAUGGGAAUCAUUCGCCAUGAUAACAUCUUUGUUGCUCAAUUUUUAAUACUUUUUUCAUGAUUCAAUUGGUAUAAGAAAACAUGCUUUUAUAAAAUCCCAAUUUAGACUUCCAUAGAAAAUUGGAAAUCAAAGUUUGAUGGCUCUUAAAAGGAGAAAUCAAAUCAUAGUUCCAAGUUCUAGAAGUCAGGAUGGGAAAGCUGUCAGAAAGGAUAGUGUUUAUCUUUUGUAGUCUUAUAUCAGUAUAUUCAGAGUUACCUCAUUUAAAAAAAAAUGAGGGGGGCUUCCCUGGUGGCGCAGUGGUUGAGAGUCCACCUGCCGAUGCAGGGGACACGGGUUCGUACCCCGGUCCAGGAGGAUCCCAUAUGCCGCAGAGUGGCUAGGCCCGUGAGCCGUGGCCGCUGAGCCUGCGCAUCCGGAGCCUGUGCUCUGCAAUGGGAGAGGCCACAGCAGUGAGAGGCCUGCGCACCGCAAAAAAAACCCAAACAAAAAAAAUGAGGGCAUAAUCAUUUUAUGAAUGUUGUUUCUUUAUGUCAGUCCCUUCUGAUGGUGUCAGAUUGCAUCCAUUGAGUUGCUUUAAGUUUUGUGCAUUAUAGGUAGUACCAGAGAGAACAUCCUGGUGAUGCAGGUUUGUACAGCUGUGCUAGUAUAUCUGUUGGAUUGAUUCUCAGAAGUAGAAUAAAAUAGGUGGGUCAAAAAGAAUGUCUGUUUAAAUGUUGAUAAUGUACUCAAGCCCUCCAAAAGGUUUUGCCUUUUUAAACUCCUUGAAGUAUAAGUGCAUCUUUUCCUGCACAACCUCACCCAGCACUGAAUGUCAGUGAUCUUUAAAAUUUUUGCAUAUCUGAUAGGUUAAAAAAAAUUUUUUUUAUUCACUCAGAUUGGUCAUUUAAAAAUAUUUAUUAGCCUUUUUAUUUCUGCUGCAAAUUUCCUAUAUCCUUUGGCUACUUUUCUGUUUGGUUCUAAGUUUAUGGUUCUAAGACAAAUUAAUAUUUGUCUUUGCCUUUAUAGAUUCUAGGUUUUUUGGAUAUAGUUAAGAUCGCCUUCUCAAUUCAUAAAUACAAGUUUUCUAUAGUUUUUUUCCUCAUAAUUUUAUCCAUUAGGUUUUUUGUUCAUGGUAUAUAUGAUGUAGGGAUAUAACUAAUUGUCUGAAAGUGAUAGUAAAUGUCCCGUCAUUUAUUGAUUAAAGAUUAGUCAAUUAAUGACAGUCUAUAUUUUACUAUAUUGUAAAAUGCCAUUUCUGUCAUUUAUUUCUAUAUAUACAUGUGUAUACAUGAAUGUGGUCAGUUUUCUGUUCUACUGGCUCAUUUGAUUUACCCACAUUUAGCUGCUUGGUAGAUUUUUGUUUUUAUUUUCGGUAUUUUUCAUGUCUGUAAUUUUAGCUAAUCAUUAUUGUGCAUAUGAAUUAUAUUUUCUUCCCACUUAUUAUCAUAUAUAUUUGCCCUCGUAAUUAAUAUUUUAAAUGACAUUUUGCUAAGUAGACUUUUUUUUUUUUUUUUUUGCGGUACACGGGCCUCUCACUGUUGUGGCCUCUCCCGUUGCGGAGCACAGGCUCCGGACGCGCAGGCUCAGCGGCCAUGGCUCACGGGCCCAGCCACUCCGCGGUAUGUGGGAUCUUCCCGGACCGGAGCACGAACCCGCAUCCCCUGCAUCGGCAGGCAGACUCUCAACCACUGCGCCACCAGGGAAGCCCAGUAGACAUUUCUUAAUUGGUCUUUUUAAGAGGGCUUGCUUUUAUAAAAUUUUGUUUUCCAAAAUGUUCAAUUUCCAUUUUUUUAAGAUGCUUAAAGAUCAAUUUUGUUUUGCCUGAGACAUUUAGUGAUUAGAAAUGCUUAAUGUCAUCUCCCAAUAUAGGAUAUAAGAAUGUUUGAAAUAUAUAGCACUGAAAAUGCAAAUUUAAAAGUCUGUUGCUGAAGGUGUUGUUUUCAUGUAGCUUUUUUGAUGGUUAUUGAUUUAUCAAAUUACAAAUACCAUUCAAGGGGAUAGUAGGAAGAAUAUGGAGAACUGCUUAUGGAAUCUUUCAUCUGUGGUUCAGUUAUUUCUUUAUAUUUUACUUUGUUUUUCCAUUGAAAUCAUAUUGAUUUGAUUUAAAUUUAAAAUUAAUUUGAUAAGAUGGAGCUAUAUGGAUUUUUUAAAGGAGCAAAUGUUACUAUUUUCUUAAUGAUUUCUUAGAUAAUUUUUCGAGAUCGAAAUAUAUUAAGUCUAAAAACUUUUUAUGGUUAAUUUAUCCAUUAGUCAAGAAUCAUGUAAUCUUUUAAUUAUUUUUAUUAAUUAUGCAAAUAAGCUAUUUUCAUCAUAGAAAAAAGCUACAUACGCAAAAGGCUUAGCGCCAUGUAUUGGGUCCAUGUAUUAUUUUGCAUAUUGUCCUUUUCAUGUAAUAUUUUAUGUUCAUCUUAUCAUGUCAGUGCUUUCCUUUUUAAUAUGGAUAUAUCAUAGCUAUCUGUUCUUUAUGACCAAUUGCUUUCAUUGGUUUGAUAUUAUAAACAGUAUUGCAGUGAACAUCUUUUUUUUUUUUUUUGGCCAUACCAUGCGGCUUGUGGGAUCUUAGUUCCCCGACCGGGGGUUGAACCCAGGCCCUCAGCAGUGAAAGCACCGAGUCCUAACCACUGGACCGCCAGGGAAUUCCCAGUGAACGUCUCUUUUAUUAACCCUUUACUCACUUAUUUUUUUUAAAUAAAUAAAUUCAUUUAUUUAUGGC